AUGGGCAAGAAGAGAAAGUCUCGUGGGCCCCAGGAGCCCAAGGGUCCCCGGGGCGUCGACCCCGCCGAUGCCCGCCUCGGCCCCGUCACGACCUACGCCGACAUUGCGGAUUCCGAAGACGAGUACUUUAUGAAGCAGGACGAGAUUCGCUUUGAUGACGAGCCGAAUUCCAAGAGGCAAAGAAAACUCGACGAGGAAGCCGCCUUCCUGUCGGAGUCUGAAGACGAAGUACUAGCGAUCAACGACUCGGACGACUCGGAUGCCGACCUUAUAGCUGCCCAAAAGGCCUCGAAAAGCCAAAGAAGAAGGGAUUCCAAUUGGUGGGGCUCGUCGCGAAAGGAGUACUACGAUGCCGACCAGAUCGAAACCGAAGCCGACGCCCUUGAGGAGGAAGCCGAGGCGAAACGGCUGCAGCAAAAGAAGUUAGCCAAGAUGACGGACGAGGACUUUUUCUUUGAUCAGGACGAAUGGCUACAGGAAGACGGCAAGGAGGAUGGCCCCGAGGUCGUGACUGAGGUCCUUGCGGACAUUGAAAUCGCCGAUGAUAUGACUCCGGAUGACCGAUAUUCACUGUUAAAAGCGAGAUACCCCGAGUUCGAACCCCUUGUCGCCGAGUUCCAAGAGCUACACCCUCAAUUACCCGUGCUGCAGCAAGAAGCCGAGGGACGGCCUAGCCGAUCCCUGCCGGCAGUGAAGUACUGGAUCUUGGGCUGUUACGUAGCGGCCUUGGCCAGCUAUUUCGCCCUUCUUACCUCUCCCGCAAGGGAUGAGGCUGGCGUGCAAAAGACGAUGAAUCCCGCGGAGCUUCGCGAUCACGAUAUAAUGGAAACCCUGGUAGCGUGCAGGGAGCAAUGGAAUAGGGUCAAGAGCCUAAAGGCUUCACUACUAGACGUCGCCGCCGAAACGUCGGAAGCCGAGUCCGGAGCCGACGAUGCGCGGGAUGAGUCGAUGCUCGACGAUGCUGCGCUGACGAAACCCAAGGCCCAGAAGAAGAAGAAGACGAAACCUACCAAGAAGGAUCUCGAAGCCUCGCGGGCGGCCCAAAAGGCCGGCAAGGUUGCCGAGGCUGCCGCUGCCGCCGAGGACGACUUCUCCGACUUUGGCGAAGAGGACUCGCUGGACGCCAAGGCGGCAGCGGAAAAGGCGCAGCGAAAGAAAAGUCUCCGCUUCUACACGUCGCAGAUUGUGCAAAAGGCCAACAAGCGCGCUGGUGCGGGCCGCGAUGCGGGCGGCGACAUGGAUAUCCCGUACCGCGAGCGUCUCCGGGACCGCCAGGCGCGCCUCAACGCCGAGGCGGAACGUCGCGGCAAGAAGGGCCUCAAGCCCGGCGAGGCGCUGGGCGGAGACGACAGCGACGGCGAGGGCGAUGCCGGGGCCAAGGCCAUGCGCGACAACGAGGACGAGUACUACGACAUGGUGGCGGCAAUCUCCAACAAGAAGAAGACGGAAAAGGCCGAUCGCAAGGCCGCCCUCGCCGCCGCCAGCGCCACGGACCGAGUGGUCGAGGUGGAGGAGAUUGGCGAGGAUGGCAAGAGGAAGGUGACGUACGCGAUCGAGAAGAACAAGGGCCUGACGCCCAGGAGAAAGAAGGAGAACAGGAACCCUCGCGUGAAGAAGAGGAUGGCGUACGAAGCCAAGAUGAAGAAGCUCAAGAGCAUGAAGCCCACGUUCAAGCCGGAACCCAAGGGCGGCUACAGGGGUGUGGAGACCGGUAUCAAGGCUGGCUUGAUCAAGAGUACAAAGUUCUGA